AUGGUUGUUCUACGUUUUUUUGGUCUUCUCACACUGUUGACGGCUUUGGCAGUCGGUGCUAAGGACUCCGACUCAGUUGGUUAUCCGAUACCUAUUCCUCGAAACAUGAAUCAGGUCGACUUUAGCCGAAGUAUCAUCGACUAUUGGACUUCUCAGAGAAGAACAAAUGCAAAACCAAAAGAUGAAAUAGCUUUAGGUACUUCAGGUUGGUAUCAAUCCGUUAGACGAAGCUCGAAUGACUUACCACGUUCCACUCCUAGUGUUGCACCAUCAAUAAAAAUCGAUGCAACAGGAUCUGCUCGAUCCACAGGAACACUUACUCCGCCUCCGAUGAUAGGUAAAGUAUUUUUUGUUAUGAAUGGAGCAGAUUACGUAUGCUCAGCCUCGGUUGUCACUGCCACAAAUCGAAACACUGUUUUAACGGCUGGCCAUUGUGUCUAUAAUACCAACACGAAAAAGUGGGCAACAAAAUUCCUGUUUGUACCAGCGUAUUCGAACGGAUUGAGUCGUUAUGGCAGCUGGACAGCACAUCAUUUCGCUGCAUUGAACGGUUGGAUGAAUAAUCAUGAUCACAAUUAUGAUGUUGCUAUAGCUGCUAUGAAUACCAAUUCUCGUGGUCAACAUAUUCAAGAUGUAACUGGCGCACUUGGCAUGACUGCGAACUGGCCUAAAGAGGCAACGGUUUAUGCUUUCGGCUAUCCUGUAAGCUUGAGUGGUGGCAAAUUAAUGAGUAGAUGCAUGUCGAAUUCAUCUACGGUUUCGUUCGUGAGUGGUUUUGAUGGCAUAAAAUUGCCAUGCGGUAUGACUGCGGGAGCUUCAGGUGGACCAUGGAUUCAAAACUUUAAUACAACAACAUUACAAGGCCGUCAAACAUCGGUCAACAGUUUUUUUAUGCCAAGUCAUCCUGGCUACAUGUUUGGACCUUAUUUCAACACUGAUAUCUGGAAUUUUUUUAAGUCUCAUGAAAACGCGUGA